AGAGCGUGGGCCGAAGCAAUGAUCCGGAGAGAGGACAUUCAAGCGCCCGGGACAAGGGGCCCGGCUACUCGCCCCGGGACUGCCCGGGGCCGAGUGGGCGCUACAAGAGGGUGUGGCCAGUUGGAGCCGACCCGGCCGGGGGAACUGGGAGGAGAGGGCCCUGGGUCCCUGGCAACGUCUCUUCGCUUCCUUCAGUUUGUGCCCUCUCGGGUGUGUCCCAGACAACAACAUUCUCUCAACCCCUUCUGGGGCGGCCACUCAAGAGCCGGGGCAAGGAGGAGAGGGAGGGUGAGGGGGCGAGGAGACUCCCCCCGCUUUAGCUCCUCCUCAAUCCCCGCGCCACUGGCCCCCCCCUUUCCUGCCCAGAGCCAAGGGACAGACAGAGAAUUGCAACUAGAAAUUCGAUCGAUUGGGGCACCCGGAUUCCCUAUUCCUCUUUUGACCCAACACGCAGGCACUCACGGGGUCCCACGCCCACCUCUGUCUAGGGGCCGUCGCUCCAGAAAAAGGGCCUCCUCUGUGCCGGGUACAGACACUAUAGAUGGGUAUAUCCUGUGUAAUGCUCACAACAACCCUGACAAUUGAGGAGGAAUCCCUGAGAGAGAGCAGAGCAACAACAUGGAAGGAAGCCCAUCUCUGAUCGACCAGGUGGAGCAGAGCUGCCUGCUCUGGAACUGCUCCAUCUAGACUGUUACAUGAGAAAUAAACUUGGUUUCUA